AUGGAAACUUUGGACACUCGGUGGAUUCACGUACAAGGAGACAAUUGUGAACGUACGGAAUCCAGUCCGGCAACUCUGGGACUGACCAAUAUGGCCGGCGUGUUUAUCAUGGUUGCUGCAGGUAUUCUCACCGGAUUGCCGAUCAGUAUGGCUGAAAUUGCAUGCCGAAAACGUCGGCGCAUGGAAGAACGUCAGUCCACUUUGGCAAUGGACGCUGUGAAACGAUGGAAAGAGAAUGUUCACGUAAGUUUGCCGGGUCCCGCUACUGACUUUUUUUUUAGAAAAGUUAUUCUUCCACCCUAUCCAGACGCUGGUCAUUCUUGA